AGCACCCUAUCUAAAUAAGCUUUAACAAAAAAAAGAUGAGAGAGAGGGGUAGAGAGAGAGAGUGCAGGAAAUGGCAGUGGAUCACAGCAACGACGACGAGAGUAGAGUGCGAGGUUGGUAUGGAGACGUGGAGAUCAGAAUAGGGGCCUUUAUGAUGAUGGGGAUAAAGGAACUUGUGAGAAGAGAUGGAGAAGACAAAGAAGAGCUUAAGGAUUUGAUGGAAUCUACAGCGGAUUGGCUUAGUCAGUGGUUUGAUGAAAUCCGUACAUGGACCUCCACAACGGUGGCUAGUGAACGGUUUGUAUGGCUAAAAAUAAUGGGGGUUCCUCUAAAAUUGAAUUGGUCUGAAGAUGAUGAUGGGGAAGAAGACGCUGACAUGGCCCUUGGAAAAGUCCAAGAAAUUCAAAAAAUUCCAAUUGUUGAUGAGACUUCUAGCUCUGCAGAGCACAUUAACAAGUUAAGAGGCAGAAGUGGAGAAAGUGCUAGUUCCAAGGAGCUUUGUUAUGAGGUAAACAUAGGGGAGCAAGCCCAUGACGGUUACCCAUCCCUCAGCUUGAACAAAGAUAAUCAUGCUAGAAAACAAUCACAAGAGUUGAUCAGAGAAGAAGAAGAUGCAAGGGUGUCGGCCUUUGAUGGGUAUGAUGCAAGGGGUGAUGGUUCAUUCUGGGUAGACCUAAGUAGUGACUUAGGACCGAUUGCAGACUGGAUUAGCAGGUUUAAGAAGAUGAAGAUGAAAAAGAAGAAGCAGAGAAAGAGGAAAUCAAGGGAUUUAGAGCUAGUUGAUCUGCCAUUGAAUGGAAGGAAGUUUACCUGGUACAAGCCUAAUGGUGAUGCUAUGAGUAGGCUUGACAGAUUUCUACUAACUGAAGAUUGGAUGGCUAAGUGGAGUAACAUGAAACAGUGGGGAUUAAAAUGCUCUAUUUUUUAUCAUUGUCUUGUUUUACUCAAAAGUCAGCACAUUGAUUGGGGGCCUAAGCCUUUUAAAUUUUUUGAUGAAUGGUUAUUACAUCAUGAAUGCAAGACCCUAGUGGAAGAGGAAUGGAAGAAGACUAAUGUUCAAGGCUGGAAAGGAUUUUGUGUGAAGGAAAAACUCAAGGCAGUUAAACAAAAGUUGAAGAAAUGGAGUGCUGAGGAGUUUACACAGAUUGACUUUAAGAUUAAUGAGGCCAAGGAGAAGAUUGCAAGAUUUGAUAGGUUGUGUGAGCAUAAACAGUUGAGUGAUGCAGAGUUAAUGGAAAGGAAGCAACUGUUUAUGGAAUUAUGGAAGAAUCUAAAGAUAAAGGAAGGUAUGUACAAGCAGGAAGCAAGGAAGGCUUGGCUCAAGAAUGAAGUAAAAGACGGGAUUGCUAAACACUUCCAAAAUUUAUUUCAGGAGGAAAACUGGGUGAGACCUGUUCUUGAUGGUGUGGACUUCAAACAAAUUUCUUCACAGCAAGCUGCAAGGUCAACAGCCUCUUUUUCGAGUGAUCAUCUAUUUCUUACUUGUAAAGUCACUGUCGAAAUUUGGAAUAGAUGCUGGAAUUGGUGGGGUGUUCAAACUAUGUUGGCUAGUAAUGUUUGGGAUGUCUUUAUCAACCAUGAGGGUAUUGCAAUGUCCAAACGAAUGAGGAUCGAUUGGGAGGUGGUGUGGUUUGCUUUGACUCAGUAUAUAAGGAACUUAUUGGCCAAAUUUGGCAUGCAAGAUGCUAAACUAGUCACCUCCCUUAUGGCUCUUGGUGCCCAGCCGGACGUCUCCUUUACUGUCAAUCGCCUAUCUCAAUUCCUUCAUGCUCCAUCCGACAUCCAUUGGCAAGCUGCAAAGAGAGCGGGCGACAACGAUAACUAUCGUUCUACAAUUGGGUACCUAGUCUUUCUUGGGUGUAAUCCCAUCUCAUGGCGUGCUUGCAAGCAAAAGGUCGUGGCUCGAAGCUACAUAGAGGUUGAAUAUCAGGCGCUUGCGGCAGCAGCUUCUUAAAUAGUUUGGGUUCGGAACUUGCUCUUUGAACUUGGGCAUCCAGUCACUGUUACUCUUGCCUUGUAUUGUGAUAAUGUGGGUGCCAUUCAUUUAAGUAGUAAUCCUGUUAACGAGUAAGACAUUGCUAUUCUUGACCGUUAAAGGAUCAAUUUUUAAGUUAACAAUUUAAAGUGUCAAAUAUACAAUAUAUAUGUUUGUUUUCA